CCGUGUUGUUGUGGUGUUGUUCUGGUUUCUCUCGUCUCUGAUUAUGAGGCUCCUGAUCCACUGAAGCUUUACCCCCCCCCACCCCCACCCCACCCUCUCCCCUCGACAUGUCUCUGCUACAGAGCUCCAAGAAGAAGGACCGGCGGAUCCUCUCCGGAUCGUGCCCGGACCCGAGGUGUGGUGCGCGGCUCUUCUUCCCCGCCGGUUCCGCGAGCAUCGAGUGCACGGAGUGCGGCCAGAGGCACGAGCAGAAGCACCUGCUGCGCGUGGAGGAGGUGACGGACCCGGACCUGGUGCUGCACAACCUGCUCAGAAACGCCCUGCUGGGAGUCACCGGGGCCCCGAAGAAAGGCUCUGAGCUGGUGAAGGUGAUGGGGCUCUCCAACUACCACUGCAAGCUGCUGUCCCCGGUGCUGACCCGGUACGGCAUGGACAAACAGACCGGCAGGGCCAAGCUGCUGCAGGACAUGAACCAGGGUGAGAUGUUUGACUGCUCGCUGCUGGGGGACAGAGCCUUCCUCAUAGAGCCGGAUCAUGUGUCCACCAUGGGUUAUGGGAAGGACCGAUCCGGGAGCCUGGUUUACCUCCAUGACACCCUGGAGGAGGUGAAGAAGGCCAAUGGCAGCAGGGAGUGUCUGAUCCCGGUCCAUGUGGACGGGGACGGGCACUGCCUGGUCCACGCCGUGUCCAGAGCGCUGGUGGGCCGAGAGUUGUUCUGGCACGCCCUGAGAGAGAACCUGAAGCAGAACUUCAAGCAAAACCUGGACCGCUACAAGGCCCUCUUUCAGGAUUUUAUCGACGCUGCGGAGUGGGAGGACAUCAUCAACGAGUGCGACCCGCUGUUCAUCCCGCCUGAAGGGGUGCCCCUCGGGCUGCGCAACAUCCACAUCUUUGGCUUAGCCAACGUCCUCCACCGACCCAUAAUCCUUCUGGACUCCCUGAGCGGGAUGAGGAGCUCUGGGGAUUAUUCAGCCACCUUCCUGCCCGGGCUGGUGGCCGAGGAGCAGUGCAGUGGGAAAGAUGGGAAGCUCAACAAACCCAUCUGCAUCGCCUGGAGCAGCUCCGGCAGGAACCACUACAUCCCUCUGGUGGGGAUCAAGAACACGGUGCUGCCCAGACUGCCGGCCCGCCUGCUGCCAAAGGCCUGGGGCGUCCCUCAGGAGCUCAUCAGAAAGUACAUCAGGCUGGAGCCGGACGGGAGCUGCGUGAUCGGCGGCGACCGCAGCCUGCAGGACAAAUACCUGAUGCGCCUGGUGAACGCCAUGGAGGAGGUGUUCAUGGAGAAGCACAGCAUCCACCCGUCGCUGGUGGCCGACGUGCACCAGUAUGUGUACCGGCGCACCGGCGUAAUCGGCAUCCAGCCCGAGGAGGUGACCGAGGCGGCGAAGAGGUCCGUGAUGGAGAACCGGCUGCACCGCUGCCUGAUCUGCGGCGCCCUCUCCGAGCUCCACGUCCCCCCGGAGUGGCUGCUACCUGGGGGGAAACUGUACAACCUCGCCAAAUCCACCCACGGCCAGCUGCGUCCGGACAAGAACUACAGCUUCCCGCUCAACAACGUGGUCUGCUCCUACGACCCCCAGAAGGACGUCCUCAUCCCGGACUAUAAACUGAGCUCCCUGAACACAUGCAACUGGUGUCACGGCACGUCAGUGCGCCACAUCCACGGGGACGGGGCGGUGGUUUACCUGGACGGGGACAGAACCAACACCCGUUCCCAGGGCGGGAAGUGCGGCUGCGGCUUCAAGCACUUCUGGGAGUCAAAGGAGUAUGACAACCUCCCCGAGGCCUUUCCCAUUACACUGGAGUGGGGGGGUCGUGUGGUGAGGGAGACGGUGUACUGGUUCCAGUACGAGGCCGAGCCGGCUCUGAACAGCAACGUGUACGACGUGGCCAUGAAGCUGGUCACCAAGCACUUCCCAGGGGAGUUCGGGAGCGAGAUACUGGUGCAGAAGGUGGUCAACACCAUCCUGCAUCACACCGCCAAGAAGAACCCGGACGAGUACAACCCAGUGUCCAUCGAUGGCGCUCACGUCCAGCGUCUCACCGACACCCCGGAUGUCCAGCCUGUGGCAGACUCGCAGCCGCCCACCAAGAUCAUCCUGACGGGCCACAAGUCAAAGACGCUGCACAAAGAGGAGCUGACGAUGAGCCGGGCGGAGCGCAGCCUCCAGCAGAGCAUCAGCGAGCAGGCCUUCGUCACGCAGAGGAGGAGGACCGACAGACUGAAGCAGGAGCAGAAGGGACACCGCGGGUCCUCCCCCCCGAGUGGGUCUCCAGAAACCUCCUCCUCUUCAGCGCCCGCCACGCCCACCAAAACCUCCUCCUCCUCCCCCUCCUCCUCGUCCAAUAAGGAGAAGAAGAUCCGGGUGACCACCAGCGACGGGCGGCAGGCCAUGCUGACGCUGCUGCCCGUCACCACCUUCUCCGAGCUGCAGAAGAGCAUCGCCAGCCAGUUCGACGUGCCGCCGGCGCAGCAGCAGUGCAUCCGCUACGGCUUCCCGCCCAAAGAGCUGCCCCCCCCACGGGACGGCGAGGAGAACGAGCCGGUGGCGCUGCAGCACGGCGACAGGGUGACGGUGGAGAUCCUGAAGGACCCCGAGGAGGACCAGGAGCCCCCGGCAGCAGCCUCCCUCCCCCGGGCCUCCAGCUCGCACUCUGCCCUGCACUCGUUGAAGAGCGAGGAGAGCUCCGGCAGGACGGGCAGCCGGGAGCUGCAGGAGAGCAUCGACCUGGAGAUGUCCUCCCUCUGCCUCCUCGCCACGUUGAUGGGUGAGGACGUUUGGUCGUACGCCAAGAAACUGCCGCACUUAUUCCAGCAGGGUGGCGUCUUCUACAACAUCGUGAAGAAGGACAUGGGCCUGCUGGACGGGAAGCACUGCACGCUGCCUCACCUGACGGGGAAGACGUUCGUGUUCAACGCGGCGGAAGAGCGCCUGGAGCUCUGCGUGGACGCCGCCGGUCACUUCCCGGUGGGCCCCGAGGUGGAGGAGCUGGUGAAGGAGGCGCUGCUGCAGCUGCGCUCCGAGGCCUCCCGGGGCAGCAGGGAGGGCAGCCCGGCGCACGGCGUCCUGCGGCUGGGCAGCGGCGGCGUGGUUCGCAAGAAGGAGGCGCUGCAGAGCCUUAACGCCUUCCAGGGGCGGGGCCACUCUCUGGGCAGCUCAUCCCCCCCGGAGCACCGGCCAAUCACGCGGCAGCACAGCAGCGGCGUGGACCUGAGCGCCAGCGUGUCCCGCGGUCCCCCCGACCUGUCGCAGAUCCCAGAGGACGCCACGCGGGAGCUGGUGCGCAUGGCGCCCGGCUUCGUCACCAUGAAGGACGGCGGGCGCCCCGACCCCGGGCUGAUGGAGCAGCAGCGCCGCCAGCUGCAGGAGAUGGUGUCUAGCAUCCAGGCAUCCAUGGAGCGCCACCUGCGGGAGCAGCAGGGGGGGGCAUCAGGGGGGGGCGCCGCGGGGGGGGAGGAGAAACAGAAGAACAGCCAACCAAUGCCUGCAGAGCGACCUCCGGACGGGAAACCGGACGCCAAGGCAGCGGAGGAGCCGGAGCAGAUGGAGAGUCAGGAGGCGGAGCCGGGCGGCGCCACCGAGCCAAUGGACCACUCCUGAUCCCCGAUCACUCCUGAUCACUCCUCACCCCCCCACCUCACCCGCCCUCCCUCCCUCGCCGGCAUCUUCCCUCCUCCAGUCGGAUCAACAGGUUCAUCGCAUUUCGUCUUCUCUGCAGACGUCCUCAUCACUCUGCUGCAACACUGACGCAGUGUGUGUGUGUAAAUAAACUCCAUGCACUUUGCCACACACACAUGGAUCUCCACUGGACGCAGUAACACACGGCGUCAGGUUCCUCCUCCUCCUCUCUCCUGUGAUGGAGCAUCACCGCACUGCAAUGUUUGGCGCCAGAUUCCAGCAUCAGACCCGGGCUGAGUCGCUGCAUUCCUGUAGAUAGAGUCCUACUCUGUUGGGGGGGGAGCUGUAGUGCAGACAUGCUUCCUAUAAAGACAUGGGGGAGCCGCUUCGACGCCUUCAUCGCCGCAGUCUGUCCGACGUCUGAGAAACUGAUCCCGCCGUUUGUUUGCUUCUGGUGCUGUGACGCUCUGUGCCGCCUGCAGGGUAACAUCCUCAUUUUAAAACUCAAACGUUUUAUUUACUGUCUAAAAACGUGAGGCAGGAAUAUCAGUUAGGGCGCAAACGCUGAAAUGCCAAAGAACUUUGAGAUAAUUUAGAAAUAGAAAAGAGACUGAUUUGUUAUUAUCAGACGGUUUUGUCACGUGAAUUAAAAAGGAGGCUUGAUUUUGAACAUUUGAACUAAAAGCGUUUAAAGAUAAUUAAAGACACAUUGGAGUGAAAAAGCAUUGUUCAUUUCAGAUUCCGUAUUUAAUAUCAACUGGAAGCUUGUAUAAAACAUUUCAACAUAAAGAAAGCUAUGAUACAUAAAAGGGACCUGCAGUUACCACUUGUUUCCUGCAGGUGGCACUGCCUCGCGAGUAAAAUUCAAACCGCUCUGCAUUUAAACAGAAUAUAGCCCUUAUAAUCCUGGCAGGGGAUUCAGAGAAACUACAGAGCUGUAUUUGUUUGGAAAAACACGAAAAAAUAAUCAGUUUUUGCCUUAAAGUUAAAUUUCUGAUGUGAGAGAGAGAGAGAGAGAGAGAGAGAGGCUUCUGUCCUCUGCACGACAAUAUCCUUCCAAAAAACAACCAGAAAUUACAUUUAUAUAAAAACACCUUUUAAAAGCAUCGAAUCACAGUUUGAUUUUGUGAAUAUUUACACUCUUAAACAAAUAUAAAUACAGUACUUUUAACACAGCCUGUUUUAUCCUGCAGCUACUAACGUCACCAAGUGUUUGUCCCAUAAGUCGAGAGAUUUAUAUCAUUUAUUUUGUAUUGAUUUAUAAUUUGAUACCAAAAAACAGGUGAAUCAAUAGGGUUUAGUUACGUUUCUUUUACCCUUGGUGUUGCUUUAAAUAGUGGAGGCAGCAGAUCCUGUGUCACACUGACAGAUAUUUCCAUGAGUUUUGGCUUUUGCAGCAGCAGGAUUAAAGAGUCUUUAUUAUUACAGUUUUUAUUGUUUAACUGGCUGCGUGUUUCUUUAAUUUCAUGUAGAUUUUAUUCCUAAUAUGUGUCUGUUGCAGGAUGAGUAAUACCUUUGAAUAAUUCCUCUUUAAAUUUAGUUUUUUUAUGAGUUAAUGUUUGCAAUGUUGGGUUUAAUUCGUUUACUUUUCAAAAAGGCAAAUUAAUAAAAAUCACCCUGUGAUUAGAUGCUUUUUAAAAACUGCAUUUCCCAGCAUCCUUUGUGGCUUUUUCUAAACACAAAGAUCAAAAUAAAUGAACACAAAGUAAAAAGAGAAAUGUUGUUUCAGAUGCCAAAAAGUGUUAAAGGAUGAGUCACGCUCUGGGAAAUGUUCUCAGGUUAGCUUAGCUUAGCAUAAAGACUGGAAACAGAGGGAAGCUGCUAGCAUGGCUGACGGCAAAUCCUGCGCGGUUUAAGCUCGUAAAUGAACAUGUUUAAUCUCUUAACUUGAAAAGAAAGUUGUGGUUGUACAGGUUUAUGUGCCAGGUUAUAAAAUGAAUGCGUAAAUAAACACAAAUUGAUCGUAUUUCUUAAAAAUACUAAGAGUCAAAAGGUUUUUCGGGAAAUCAGUUUUUCCCCCACAAAAAGGCUCAUUUUUGUUCCUACCUGUUUAAAGAUCUCAUGUUCGACCUGUUUCAGUUUAAAGAUGAGAAUCGGUUCUCUGAUUUUCGGCUAAGUGAGGUUGUUUUCUUUUGUUUGCGGUGGGAUUGUGCACUUUGUUCGAGGAAAAGAAAAGAUGACCGUUAGCGUAGCAUGCUAACGGUCACAGAGGCGGGAACAGAGACAGAGACGCUGCUGUAACUUGAAGUUUUUCUUUGUGCUCGACACUGACAUGAAAUGUAAUCCAGUUGUAUAAAGGUAUAUAUUGUAGUAUAUUCGGACCUGUACAGAGACUGCAGAUUCAGUUCCUUCACCUGUUUUUGUUUUUGUUGACUUCUCUCUGCUAAUAAAAUACCGUUGGUUCACGGCUUCGCUGUUUGCAUGUGUGAUGCAUUUUCAACCCGACAAUAAAAUCACUUCCUUCACUUGUU